CGCUCCGCAUCCGGCUCCCCCCUCCUCCCCCUCCCUCUCCCGAGGAGCCUCCGCAGCCCUGAUUUGCUGGGAGCUGGCGGAGGACUAGUCCUGGGCAGAGCUCCGCGGGGCUGCUGCUGACGCGGGGACCCGCUGCCGCCGCCGCCGCCGCGCCGCGCCGCCGAGAAUAAUCAACCAUGACUACCGAAUCUGGAUCAGAUUCCGAGUCGAAGGACAAAGAACAAGAUCAGCAAGAAGACCCUGCUCAGCAAGGGACAGCAGGGGCACAACCUCCAGACCAGCAGCAGCUAAGUGAAGAACAUCAGAACGGAUUAGAACAGUUUUCUGGUGUGGCAGCUCACAGUACACCUGUGAAAAAAGAGCAGGCAACUGACAAAGAACAGGAACUUGCUGUUGCAAAACAACUGGAGUACCAGCAGUUGGAGGAGGAUAAGCUAUCCCAAAAAUCAUCAUCUAGCAAACUCUCCAGAUCUCCUUUAAAGAUUGUCAAAAGACCCAAAAGUAUGCAGUGUAAGGUGACUCUCCUGGAUGGCUCUGAAUAUGCAUGUGAUGUGGAGAAACGCUCCAGAGGUCAAGUACUGUUUGACAAAGUGUGUGAACAUCUGAAUCUUUUGGAAAAAGACUACUUUGGCCUAACUUACAGAGACGCAGAAAACCAAAAGAAUUGGCUGGACCCUGCGAAGGAAAUCAAAAAGCAGAUCCGAAGUGGUGCUUGGCAGUUUGCAUUUAACGUGAAAUUCUACCCUCCAGAUCCUGCCCAGCUCUCUGAAGACAUUACCAGGUACUACCUCUGUUUACAGCUGAGAGAUGACAUAGUAUCUGGACGGCUGCCCUGUUCGUUUGUUACUCUUGCUCUUUUGGGCUCCUACACUGUUCAGUCUGAACUUGGAGAUUAUGAUCCUGAUGAAUAUGGAAGUGAUUAUGUCAGUGAAUUCCGCUUUGCACCAAAUCACACUAAAGAACUGGAAGACAAAGUAAUUGAGCUGCACAAGAGCCACAGGGGAAUGACACCUGCAGAGGCUGAGAUGCAUUUCUUAGAGAAUGCCAAAAAGUUAUCUAUGUAUGGAGUAGAUCUACAUCAUGCCAAGGAUUCGGAAGGAGUGGAAAUCAUGUUAGGGGUUUGUGCAAGUGGCCUAUUAAUAUAUCGUGACAGACUUAGAAUAAAUAGAUUUGCCUGGCCAAAGGUUCUGAAAAUUUCAUACAAGAGGAACAACUUCUACAUCAAAAUCCGACCAGGAGAGUUUGAACAGUUUGAAAGCACUAUUGGGUUUAAGUUGCCAAAUCAUCGUGCUGCAAAGCGUUUAUGGAAAGUGUGUGUGGAACAUCAUACAUUUUUCAGGCUCUUGUUACCAGAGGCACCUCCAAAGAAAUUCCUUACAUUGGGUUCCAAAUUCCGCUACAGUGGAAGAACGCAAGCCCAGACAAGAAGAGCCAGUGCAUUAAUAGAUCGACCUGCACCCUAUUUUGAGCGUUCUUCUAGUAAACGUUACACUAUGUCUCGCAGCUUAGAUGGGGCAUCAGUGAAUGAAAACCAUGAAAUGUACAUGAAGGAUUCUAUGUCUGCUACAGAGGUUGGUACUGGCCAGUACGCCACAACAAAAGGCAUCUCUCAAACCAACUUGAUAACCACUGUGACUCCAGAGAAAAAGGCAGAAGAAGAGAAAGAUGAGGAAGAGGGCAAAAAGAAAAGAGAAGAAGAAGUCACUCCUGUCUCAGCAGCACGCCAUGACACAAAGCCAUCUUUGCUUGGCACUGAUUCAUUCCAUUCCUCACCAUCCUCACCAUCCGCCCCCCCUGUAUCUUCAACAAAGCUCCGUAAGAGAUGUAAGGAGAAUCCUCGAAAAUCAGUAGGUUGCGAGUCACCUAAAGACAGUGUUCAAACCCCUGGUGAGUCUGACUUGGACUCUGACAAAAAAGGAAGAGUUUGCUCUGCUGAACAAGAUAUGAAAUUUAACUAUAAACAAAAAGCUGGUCAAGGUGGAACUUUGUUUUCCUUCUCCUUGCAACUUCCAGAGUCAUUUCCUUCUCUCCUGGAUGAUGAUGGCUACCUUUCCCUCCCUAACUUCUCUGAAACCAACUUCCUGCCUGAAAGUUUGCAGCAUUACCUUCCCAUCCGAUCACCAUCCCUUGUGCCUUGUUUCCUUUUCAUCUUUUUCUUUCUGCUAUCCGCCUCUUUCUCAGUACCAUAUGCCCUCACUCUCUCCUUUCCUCUGGCUAUGUGCCUCUGCUACCUGGAGCCCAAGGCGGCCUCCUUGAGUGCCUCACUUGACAAUGACCUGAGUGACAGUUCAGAGGAAGAGACUGACAGUGAACAGACGGAUACUGCAGCUGAUGGUGAAACCACUGCCACAGAGUCGGAUCAAGAGGAGGAUGGAGAUCUAAAAGCACAGGACCUAGACAAAACUCAAGAAGACCUGAUGAAACACCAGACCAAUAUAAGCGAGCUGAAACGAACCUUCUUGGAAACCUCUGCAGAUACCACAGUAUCUAACGAAUGGGAAAAGAGGCUUUCCACAUCUCCAGUCCGGCUUGCUGCAAGACAUGAGGAAGCUCCCAUGAUUGAACCACUUGUGCCUGAAGAGACCAAAGAAGACAGGGAAAAAUCUGGAAAACUUAUAUUUUUGCAGAAGGGAAGUACCACAUUCCUUGAAUCCCAGCCAAGGGAGAUAGAGAAGAAGCUGCAGGAAGGAGAAUCUGCUGGCACUGUGGUUACUUCUCAUCAAAUCAUUAUCCAGAAAAGUGUCCCAUCAUCCCUAGAGGGCACUGAGGAUUGGGUUAUUAUAGACAAAAUACCCUCUGAGGUAGUUGAUGGUGAAUCGAAAAAAAAAGUGCCAUACAAAGUAAUGACUGUGAGCCGUAAAAGUGACAUUCCAGCUGAGAUAUUAAAAUCCAGUACCAUUCUAAUGCAGAGCUUUGAGGACUUGGAAAGUGAAAUGCAAUCCAAAGAGGAGAAUAAACAGAAAAUGUACACCUUAGGAAAGUCGUAUGAUACAGUAUCCGGGAAAAUUGUAAUCAUGACAAGUAAAGCUAAAGAGGGAGAGAAAACAAUACAAUCUUCACUAGACGCCUUUCAGAAAUUGGAGAGGGAAGUGCAAGAAUCUGUGAAGAUCAUUCCAGUAGUGGCUGAAUAUGAACUUCUAGAGCCUGGCACCGAUGAGAAAGCUAGGCGGGUAUCCGAUGUGCAAAGCACGAAGAGGAAGCUGUCUGAAUCUUUGACACCCAUAAAGGAAGCAGAAUCUCAGUUGCAUAGUCCUGAAGAAGAAACUUUGAAGAAGGCACAAAAGAUGGACCAGGAUUUGCAGUUGCAUGGUACACUGGGAAGUUUUCAGACUGGCAGAGCAGAAAAACACCUUGACAGUGAAGCCCUAAAAGCAGGGGCAUUUGAUCGGAAAGAUAAGAGCCUGUCUGAGUGGAGAUAUUCCAGAGAACAGCCAUUUACCAUUGCUACUGCUCACUAUGUUACUGACUCGUCUGCAUCAAGAGUAGUGACUAAACAGUCUUCUGGUGAAAAAACCUUGGAUGGUUCAGAUAUCUUCAGUUUAAUAGAGUCUGCCAGAAAACCAACUGAGUUCAUAGGAGGGGUUACUUCUGCUCCCCAUAGCUGGGCUCAGAAAGUGGAAACAAAGAUAAGUCAACAAGCAGAUGAAGUGAAAGAAGAGGUGGAACUGCAUCUGGAUGCAAUGGAGAAGGUUGUGCAGGAGACCGUAAUAGUUGAGGAGAGACAUGUGAAAAGUGUGCAUGCAAGUGGGGAUACUGCUACAGUGGCUGGAGAUGAGCUGGAUGCUAAAGAACAGGCAGUACCUGCUGUUUCUGCUGCUGCUGCUGCUGCUGCUGCUAGUUUUCUAGGGAAAGAGGGCUCUGCAGUGACUGUGGGGGCCGAGGAGGAAAAAAGGGAGGAGGCUGAUAAAGCUGUAACCAAACAGGAAGAAAUUGCUUCUGCUUCUCAUGCUCAUGAGGAGGAGCAGAGUGCGACAGGCCACCUUUCAGAUUCAUUGGAAAGAAAACCUCACUUUGAGUCACCAGUUGUGAAGACAGAGACUAUCAGUUUUAGCAGUGUUUCCUCAGGUGGGGAGAAUCUUGAAGUUUCUACCAAGGAAGUGCCAGUAGUUCAUACAGAAACAAAAACCAUUACAUAUGAAUCUUCACAGAUGGAUUCCGGUGCCGACUUAGACCCAGGUGUACUGAUGAGUGCACAAACUAUCACAUCUGAAACUACCAGCACUACAACUACUACACAUAUCACCAAAACUGUGAAAGGAGGCAUCUCAGAGACAAGAAUUGAAAAGCGAAUAGUCAUCACUGGAGAUGCAGACAUUGACCAUGAUCAGGCGCUGGCUCAGGCAAUUAAAGAGGCCAAAGAGCAGCACCCUGACAUGUCAGUGACCAAAGUAGUGGUACAUAAAGAGACAGAAAUCACACCAGAAGAUGGGGAGGAUUGACCCACAGGAAUAAUUUAGCUUGCAUAUGAAUCCACACCAUUAGGAAUACCAGAGCCUAUAUGGAAUCUCAGUUCUAAUCAGACUGACUUAUGUCUGUCCAUGGAAAAGAAGAAUUGAUCUUGACUGCUAAUAAGACACUGGCAGAGAUACCCUCCCAUAGAAAGCAAUCUGAAUCCGCAUCAGUAAAACUAUUGCAUGAAGCAACGAUAAAAUUACAAAAAAGCAGCAUUUUUAAUUUUCAUAAAAUGUCUAAGUUUUCAGCUAUACCUGCACGUUCAUAAACAGUAUAAACAGUGAUCUUAUGUAACACACAAACAGUUCAUGCCUUUCACAGUUUACAAAAGUCUAAACAACUUUAAAUUUGUUAGGUGGCAAACCUUUUGUUUACGAAGACUGUAAAUGAAGAUUACCCUAAAAAAGCUAGAAGCUGUAUAGGUACGGUGUAUGAUGUUUUACCACACAUUAGAUGUACCAAUAACACAGUUUAUUCAGUAAACAACUUGAAUCUUCUGUCUGUUUCAUCUGGUUUUAUUAUUGCCCAACAAUGAUGAAUCUUUAAUCUUAUCAAAAUAUUUAAAUGCUUACAAAAUGUGCUUUGUAUACCUGACUAAAUACCUUAUGAGGUAGUGAUGAUUUUAGCUUAUUAACUCAAUUUUAAUUUUUUUUGUCAGCAUUGUUCAGAGUUACAGUCAGCUACCAGACACCCCCUUACAACUCUUAACCCUGUAAAUUCUUUGUAGUUAUUUUGGAGAAAAACUGUAUUUUCCUUAGCUUGUAGCAUUACAAAAUUAUUAAUCUGAAAUAAGCCUGAUUUUUUUUUAAUUGAAUUUUCCCUUUUAAUUCUCAAAGGAAAAAAAAUCAUUUCAGAACCUGGUCAACAUUUACUAUCUAGUUCAGAGCCAAGCCUUAAAUUGUACAGAACAUCCCCUCAUUAGUAUUCAGUCAUAAUAUCCAUUAAAAGGAUAUAGUCUCCAUUACACUGUCAGCUGCAUCACAACACAUGGUGAAUGUAUGUUUCUGCAUAGUGAAAUAAAAGUGGUAAAUGCAUCUAAAAUUGUAUUGUUCUGUGUUUAAAAGAAUCUAGUGCUUUUAUUUAUAUAUAUAUAUAGUCCAUACCUAAGUAACACUUGUGUGAUAUCAAAGGCUUUAUUCAUCUGAUAGUAGACACAUCCUGUCUUCAGUGGAAAAUGCUACAUUUUUAGUUAGCAGGGGGCCCAAAGGGAUAAUUAGAUGAAAAUGUAUGCCUUUGGGUAAAAUGAUUGCAAGGCAAAAGGAAUGGCCAAUUUCUUCUGUUUUCUGUAGCUGUAGACUCUGUUUCUCUUAAAGUAAAUGAAGGGUUUUACAAUUGGCUAAAAACUUGCAAUGAAACUAUAGCAUUGAUCCAUAUCUGUUUCAUUUAUGUUUGCACUAAAUCACGAUUAAAUUAUUUAUUUAAGAUGGUCCUCAUUAUUCUGUUUCCUCUUGCUUUUACCCCCUGACCAUAUCUUGGUGGUGAUUCAAGAGAGAUCCAUGGAGGCUAACUCACCCACCCACAACAUAAUAAACCCAGGUAGGACUGCAAGGAAUAAAUACAGGCAAAAUUUCCAGGAUAUUCAAGGCAAAAUGUUGUUCUUGAUUAUGUACACAGAUUAAGUGAAAAUAGCUUCAGUGCAGGGCUGGAUUUGACCCUAUGAUUUAUUACAAAUAUUUAUUUUCUUAAAUUAGAAAGGAAAUAUGAGUAUAUAUAUAAAUAUAUAUAUAUAUAUAUAUAUAUAAAGAGAAUCUGUAGAUAAUUCAAAAUAAUCUUCUAAGGCUUUUAGAGAUCUGCCCUUAGUCUCUUAAAAUGCCCUCUUCAUCCAUUUUUCAUGUCUUUUGUUCAAGAUCUUGCUCUGUGUAACUUUCCCCUUCCAAUGAAGCAGUCAUCUCUCACGUAUUACAUGAUAGAUAAUGCAAAGAUUGUGCUGUUACGUUCAUAGUCUCCAAGUUAUCCAUUCAUGUCCUUCUUUCUAAUCGUGCAGAUGUACAAGAAAAUAUCUCUGUAUAUUCUGUUCCUUCCCAGUGAAGUUAGAAUCACAUUUUUCCCACCUACACCUGUCCCAUCCCUGCCCAGGUUAUGGCUGUACAUGGAAGGCUUCCAUCCUAUUUUUCAGCAGACUACAUUCCAGGAUCAUGCUUCUGCAUCAAGGAGUUUAAAAAUAGACACUGAAGCCAUAUUGGUCUCCCCUCAGGUGUCCCUUACCUGGUCAGCUAAAAAACAGCAUUAUAUUACCUCAGAGAAAUGUGACAGGCUACUAUACUGCCUUCUGUCCAGACUUACCCUUAGCAUUAUAUUUUAGCAUGGCUUGAGGAGAUUGUACUUUGGUGAUUCUGUACAGCAUGUAUGCCAUCUAAAGGUACUGUAACUUUAUGAGGUUAGUCUCUUUAGAAAGGAUACUCAUGGCUACAUUAUGGCCUGAGCACGUGCUGAUUAAGGGGAGAUUAGAGUGGAUGGGCAAUGAAUGACCUCUUAGCGUCACUGUUAGCAGCAGACCUUUGCCUAGGGUAAUUCCUGGGCAUGGUUCCUAGGAAAUAAUAGCUUUGGUUUUUGUUAGAAACUGUUUCUUGGGUUGUCUGUCUAACGCUGUGCCACAUGAAAUAAAGAAUACCUGCCUGUUUCUACCAGCUA